AUGCAAGCCGGUACCGCGUCGUUGUUUGUCAACACAUCGAUCGCACCACCCAAUAUUGCCAGUGCUGCCACUGUUGUCGGAGGUUUACCGUCAGCGCUCGGUGGUGUGCUCUCGGCUCGUGAUCUUACGCCUGCUGCUGCUGCUGCCGCAUCGAUUGGCGGUGAUCCGCGUGCUAAUUCGCAAGCCGGUCUACUCGAUCCGUUGCGACAAGCAUUCCUCAGCAAUCCCAGCUUUGCCGCAUCGUUGAACGCUGCCGCUGGUUUUGGUAAUGCCUUCUUGACCGGAGCGCCACCGAACGCUGCCGCGGCGGCAUUCCCGUUCUUGGCCGCACAAAUCCUUCAGCAACAGCAACAACAAGCGCAACAACCAAUGUCCUUACCGCAAAACGUAUCACUCGGCAGUGCGUCAGUGUCGUCAAUGACUGCUGGCUCAACACAACCGUCCAUAUCGAACAAUACUGGUACCACAGCGAACACUGCGGUUUCAUUCCCACCCGGUGUUGCACUCGGUCCACAACUUGCCGGUGCAGCCCUCUUGGGACGUCCGUUGCCACAUACGGCCUCACUCACCCAGUCAUCGUUGCCAAUUAAGACAAAACAGGGUCGUUGGUGUGCAAUGCACGUUAAAAUCGCUUAUGAAAUAUCGGCGAAAAAGGAACGACGCGGUACACCGACCGCAGCACCAAUCAGCUCGGCCACAGCCUCAUCGUCAACCCAAAAUGCUGCCGCAAACAGCUAUCGCAAUUCUGCUUCUGCGAUUGCGCCGCCAUUAUGUCCUCCCUCCACAUCGAAUGCAGCACACCUUGCUGGGCUAACAAGUGGCUUCUCGAACGCUUUUUCGGCCAUGGCUGCCGCAGGUGCGGGGCAACCAACGUACGGUUCACUUCAAUUCCAGCAAAUGACUGAUCCGAGUAAACUUGUCCGACAAACUAUCUGGGACAAUUGUAGGGCAACGCCGAAAGGUCCACAAGGUCGGCCUGCAUCAGCGAUGCAACGAGGCGGGGGUUCGACGGGCACAGCGCCUGGUGGUCUGCAUCUGCCGCUAAGUGCAACAGCCGGAAUGGGCGCCAAUACGGUGGUCUCAUUGGGCGGUGCGUCGAUGCCGCUUGGUGCCCUUCAAAGUGCCCUCCCAAAUAUGAUGGGUGGUUCACUGUCGCUACCGGGUGGACUGCCCGUCUCCGUCUCAGGAUCGCUGACGAACGGUACAAGCGAUGCUGCCGCACAAGCGGCAAUGUUCGCUGCACUCGCACAAAAUUCGCAACAAAACGCGGCACUCUCAUCGAGUCCUUUCCUGCUCUCGGCUGUCUCGCAGCAACAGCAACAACAUCCACUCUCGUCCACAUCAGUUGUUACCGCCAACGGAACACAAUCCCAGUCAUCACAAUCUGUUUUUCCAACGCAACGAUUAUUCGAUCCGGCCAUGACAGCCGCAGUCUUACAGCAAAUGCAAUCGGUAUACAAUAUGGAAGCGAUGCGUCAGUCGGCCGCAGCUGCUCAGAUGAAUGCCGCAGCAGUGGCGGCAGCGGCAAAUGCGAACUCGCAUGGUGGAUCGGCGAGUGGUGGGGCUGGCGGUGGUGCCACAAAUGCAACGACCUAUGAAUUGAUGCGUAUGCAACAGCAGAUGAUGGAGCAGCAGCAGAUGAUGGAACGAUAUGCGGCAGCGAUGAAUGCCGCCGCCGCUUCGAACGGCGCGGCCUCAGGAUGCGGUGCUGGCUCAGCGCAGUCGGCGAGUCACUCGUUGGAUCUGAUGAAACAACAGUUGUUCGCGUCGCAGUUCAGACAGCAGCAGCAGUCCGCAUCGUCGAACAGCAGCGCCUCGUCACAGCAGCAACAGCAACCCUCCAUCGAGCAGCUCAUCGAACUGCAACGUCAGCAACAACAACAACAGUUGCUCAGUGCUUCUCGAGCUGCCGCAGCCGCCGCCGGACUUCCGAGUGGUUACACUCUGUCGGCUGGUUCCGCAACGGCACCUGGAAUGCCGUCUGCCGCUGGUUUACCUCAAGGUCUCUCCGCAAGUGGUCUCUUCAACGCGUCACAUCUGAUGUCAAUGGGCGGUGCGGCCGCAGCAGCUGCUGCUAAUUUGCAACAAUCUUUAUACGGCAAAAAUCCCUACUCAAAUACUCUCGAACAAUUGGCUAGACAGAAACGAGACGGCGAUAUGAUGCAACCGGGAAGGUGA